GUCAACGCGAGUUAGUUCGUUUGGUGAGACAAGUGAAGAAGACAAAACCCAGUGCAUGCGUUUCAAAUGCUUCAUUUGUAAACAUUUUUGCUGAAUUUUAAAGCUAAUUCUGGAAAAAUGAGCCACUUUCUGAAAAAGGUUUUAAUGCUUCAGAACACACGAGCACUGGCUUGCGCAGCAACCUCAGUCCAACCUGAAUUAUUAACCACACAUAAUAUGCCUUGGGGUGUCUUGCUGACUAACAGACAGUAUAGAUCAAUGCCGACACAUGGCAUUGGAAGGUACAGACAUCUUAUUCCAAAAACAAUGCCAAAGAAGAAGAAAGACAAAAUCCAAAUGAAGCAGAUCAAAGCACCGACAAACACAGAGUUUGGUGUGCUUAACGUGUGUGUCUCUGGUUAUGACAUGACACUAGUGGAACAUUAUUCUCAGUACAUUCACAAUCUCUGCAAUCACUUAGACAUAAAAGUUGAAGAGAGCUAUGCAGUGCCUACGAAAAGCACAGAGGUCAUGGUGAUGCAGGACCAAGGUACAAAGAUGUAUGUGGAUGGGAUUUUGAAAACCCAUGAACGUGUUGUUCAGAUCAGUGCAAUGAAGGCAACUCUUUGUCCCAUAUUUAUGGAAGUGCUUCUGAAAAACCAGCCUGAGGGUGUACAGCUCUGUGUGAAGCAGCACACUGAAGCAGAUUUCCAGUCCAGAUUCAAAGCAAGACCUGAGCUUGAGGGGCUUAUUGCAAAAAUGAAUACCUAAUAAAUAAAUUAAAGUUUUCAUAAAAAUAAUAUUGUUAUUCAUCAGUUUUCUAUUCUACAUGUGCUGUAAUUAACAAAUGUGUAAACAAAAUAAAAC